GGCAGGGGGGAGGAGAACAGAGCAGAUUAGCUCCCCAGCCGGCCCUGGUGCUUUCAAGCUGGGAUGAGCGUCUCCCCCGCCACCUGGCACUCUGGAGCAGUUAUUUAAUCUCCCCAAGCCACCCAUCUCCGUCCGGAUUUGUGUCCCGGAGCAGGAUUGGCUCCAGGCCUUUCCCCCCCUGGCACCAUGGAUUCCUCAGCUGCUCUGGCUUCUGCUCCUCCUUCUUCGGCUCCCUCUGGGUCCCGGAGCCCGAUGUUUUCCUCGGGAGCCGACCGAGAGGAGUGGGGACCUAGGUUCAACUGUGCCCCUUCCACUUCUGCCGCAGCUUCCCAGGGGUUGGCCACAUCUGGCCGGAAGAGGAAAGCCAACUUCUCCAACGACGAGACAGAGACUCUGGUCUGGAACGUGGUUCGGCACUUCAGCGCCCUCUACGGCUCCGAAUCCCUCCGAGCUCACCCUGUGCGGCGGAAGCAGCUGUGGACCCAGAUCCAGAGCCGGGUCAACUUCCUGGGCUACACCGAGCGCUCCAUCGAUGACCUCAAGCACAAGUGGCGAGACCUUCGGCUGGAUGUCAAGAAGAAGAUCACCUCCAAGAAGCAUCCCCCUAUGAACAGGGCAGGGGGGCCUCUCCACAAACCCCGCCUCACUCCCCUGGAGAAGAUGGUGGCCUCUACCUUCUUACAGGCCAGCCAUGAUUCAGAGCCCGAGAUUAUCUUUGACCCCGACUUGUUCUUCCCAGGUGCGUCCAAGCAAUCGAUCAUGUCCUUCCAGCCUGCAGUCAGCCACCCCAGCAUCUACAUAGACACCAAUGGGCAGCCCUCCUCUUUGCCUGACGUGGAAGGUUCCACUGUGCCCCGGCUCGCGGUCCAGAGUCCAGACCCUUCUGUGAUCUGUGAAUACAGCCGAGGCGAGGGGCAGAGCAGUUCAGCCGAAUCGGGGCCGGAGCUGCGGACUCCAGAGAUGUCGGCCAUGUCCCCGCCUCUGAGAAACGAGUCCCUCGUCUCCUACGCCUCCAUGUCGGAGGAAGAAGAGCGGGAAGGCCAGGAGGGGGACGGGUGCCCCAGCGCAGCGAUGGGCCUUCAGCCUGGCCCGGAGCCCCAGGUGUCGGCAGAGGAAAGCGCGAAGGCAUCCCGGCAGGCCAUGCUCAUCCGCCGGUGCAAUUCCCAGGGCUCCAUGAGCUCCCUGCCCGAGGACACGCUCAAUCACGUGGACGCUCACGCAGACUGGGCCCACGAAGGGGUCUCCGACAUCCCCUCCUUGGGCAGGGUGCUGGACGCCUCCCAGCCGGAAGAGGAGGAGGGCAGCCAGGGCCCUGAGGUGGGCUCCUUGCCCAGGGUACUGAUGGGGCCCACGUGGGAGAAGCAGCAGGAGGAGGAGCAGCAGCAGCAGCAGGCGCGCUCCCCGCUGCAUGGCGCGCUCACCGAGGAGUCCCUGCCCUCCUCUGCCUCGCCUCAGGAGGACCAGCCCCCCGCCCCGGUGCCGCCGCCGCGGGGCCUGGGCUGCUCUUGGCUGCGGGAGGGCAGGCGGGAGAGCUGGAGGACUAACAUCCACCGCCUGCUGGACCUGGAGGAGCAGUGGGACCAGCUGUACCACCAGGAGUUGGCCAUGUGGCAGGAGGAGCGGGCCACGCAGCGCGAGGAGCGGGCGCGGGACAGGGAGCUGCAGUUCCGCCUGCUGGGCGUCCUGACGGACAUCCGGGACGAGCUGCGCUACCUGCGGCAGGAGCGGGCCAGCGCACGCCAGAGCCAGGCCCCGCCCGCCGAGGCGGGGCCCGAGGCCAGCGGGCUCUUAGACCAGCCGCCCAAAGCGGAAGUCAGCUUCCCCGGGCCGACCCUGGGCGGCGCCGGCUGGGGAGAGAGCGCCAUGGCCAGCAGGAACCCCUAUGGCAGCCGGGGGCGGGGGCGGCGCCGGGGCCGGCCUCGUGGCUCCGCCUCCAAACACAGACGCCUCUUCCUGACCAAUAGCUAGGAGUGGCUGGGGGCUGUCAAUUCCAGUGACGGACAUGGGGUGUGUGGACAGCCCUCCUGGAGCCUGGGGGCAAGUGCACGGGGUGGGCACACAGCGUG